CCGGUCAUCUGCUACAAACACCAACCUAUCUAUGCAUUCAUCCCAUACCACUUCUAAUACGAGCGUUGGCCCACCCUCUCAUUAUAGUUCCACGCAGUCCUUUCUGCUUCCCCCGCGAAGUCCUAUUUCGAGCCCUGAGCCACACCAACCGAGGUGCAUCCACGAGGUGGAGGAUCCAUCGUUUUUGUUUCCGUCGGACGAAGAAGACCUCAACUCAGAGCAUUCUGACAAUGAUUUGUCGACCGAGCGCCCUGAUAUAUCGCAUGCGAACGCUUCGUUCUGUGAUUGUUCUACAACCGAGCCGUUAGGACGCGGCCGUCCUAUCCGAUAUACAGGCUGGAUAAACGAAGUUGAUGACGAUGCAGAGCUCGAAAGCUUCACAUCUAGCAACGACGCUGAUCAUGAUCACACGCCAAGUAAGAAUCACCGCACUCGAGGUUUAUACGGCGGGAAUGGGCACUCUACUCCCCGUCUGCCUUCAACGACCUCGAGGCGCACCAUCACAAAACAUACGUCACCAACGGAACAUACUCUUGCACUCAUGAACGAACGAGCUCGACUUCUUUCCGAGCUAGCGAAAUUAAAACAAGCAAAGCGAAGCUGAUCGGUUUACACCUUUCUUGAUUCAAGUAUCGCCUCAUACGUUCUUUCAUCGUGUCUUUGGUCACUUGUGGUACCCUUGCCUUUACGUGUUAUUACAGCGGACAAACCGGAAAGAUAACAGCGCGCAGGGUUGCGUUAGUACGCACCGCAUGGUUCCAGUCGUGGAGCCUGUGGAAUCCACUUUGCCGGCAGAUGCAUUUUGGACAUAGUAUGUGACUCCAAGUGAUCUCC